GUUUGAAAUUCGCGGGGUUUCGACGCCCUCAGAGUGCAGCGCCGCGGACCUCUUCGACCUCCCCCUUCCCCCCGCGCACUAGUCGGUCAGUUGGUCCCGCCGCACCGGUCGCCUUUGUUUACAUCAUAUCCUUACAUCGCGGCUUUUCUUUCUCGACGUUGUGUUGUGCCAUUACUUAAAGAAAUUCGAGCCAGUGAGUACUUAUCUUCUGCGAAUGUACGUGGAGGAAACAAAAAACGUUAAAAGUAGAUGCGCCGAACUGACGAUUUUGAUCCGAAGUUUCGUUCAGAACUGUCGAAAAACGCACCUGUACUUACUUUGUGAAGUGUUUUCGUAUAAGUAUACGUAUACUAUGUACUAAGAUUCGUCUGGCUUUGGUGCUGGAUAAUACAUAAAGUACAGAGUAACCUUGCAAUUUUUCGAAGCACAAUAUCAGGGUUUGAUACAAUAACCACAAAAAGUGACAAUUGCGACAUUUUCGAAGGCUGUAGAAGUAAAGAGACUGGAUGAAGUAUGCGCACUUAUUCUGCUGCUGAGAAUCAGCAAUGAAAACAUGAAGAUACUGGUCUACGUAAUAAUGUUGGCGAUGUUGGAAGAAGGAAAAGUUGUCCAUCCAUCAAACGAAAAUUGGCUGGAUUCUCUCGUUGAUAAGAUCAUAACGAGUCAUAAACUAUCUCAGGCUAUUACUUUCACGAGUAACAAAGAAGACGUUGAUAUCCGGCGACGAAAUUUUGCAUAUCAAACAAUAAUAAAAAUGAUGCCCACAGUGACGAUAGACAUUGCAAAACUAAUGAGCUCGAGAGAUAACCGAUCUCUAAAUUUUCCAAUAGUUCGCCAUCCACGAACAUCGGCUCUGUUCCUAAUUCUACAGAACAAAGGUAGAAGCGGUGCCUACGUCAAAGAAACGAUCGACUUGUUAAAUUUGUUCGUAGAAUUGUCACCUGUGCAGAUCCGACCUAGGUGCUUGGUAAUAUCAUUCAACGACAAUAUCAGAUCCUCGAACAAAGACGACAUUACAACGAUAUUAUCAGCAAGCUGGUCUUUGAAAUUCUUGGAUCUCACCAUCCUUCGAGUAAACGCGAAUAACGACUUAGAGCCCUACAGUUACAACCCCUUCACGAAACAGUUCAACGUCCAGUCCCUGCAGCGGAUCUUCCCCGACAAGCUUCGCGACAUGAACGGCCACACGUUGAUCUUACCGAUCUACAACUACCCUCCAAUGAUGACCAUCACCGAAGUCAUCGAAGAAAACCGGACGAUCAUCCAAGGCCACGACUAUCUGUACGUCGAGAUUCUCUCGAAGAAGCUCAACUUCUCGUUGAAUUUUCUGCGUCAUCAGAUCGAACCGAGCGAUCCCAGCUUCUUUCCCUUGAUAUUCGCCAAGCUACGCAGUGGCGAAGUCAACAUGCUGGGCACGCAGUUCCUUGUCGGCGGCAACAUCUUCAACAAUAGCGUAGCGAUCGGUAAGCUUCACUCGCAGAACAAGUUCGUCGUGCUCUCGCCACUUCUGCCGAUGUCGAAGCUCAAUCUCUCCCUCAACCUCUUGCUCUACCUCUUGCUCUUCCCGAUCCUGGUGAUCUGCUUCUGGCUGAUCGCUAGACUGCUGCGCUUCCCUAAACGCCAAUGGGGAGUCUUCUGCGUGUUACAGCUGCUUCUGGGCAUGUCCCUAGAGCAAGUACCCCGAAGACUGAGUCAACAACUAGUCCUGCUGAACCUACUAUUCGUGGGGAUGAAGUACUCGUCUGACGCGUUCAGCAGACUCACUGACAUCGAGCUGCUGGACGGCGAUGUACCGUUCGACACUGCCGAUCAGAUAAGCCGAUCGGGUUUCUCGAUCUACGCGCCGGCUUUCCUCCAACGCCAGUCGUUCCAUGAUCCCAGCGAGAUCAUCACUCAGCUUGGACCCAAAGUCAAACCGUUACACCAACAGGGCUGUGUCACCAGGUUGACAAAGUAUCGCAACUGCAUCUGUUUAGCUCCUUAUCGGUCGGCCACCUAUCUGCUCGAGCUGGUGACUUUGGAGUACAGGAAGCCGGUGAUGAAGUUAUCGAAGGAGUCGUUUUUGCACGACUACCUGGCGUUCGCUUACGAGAAGGGCUCGCCGUUCGUCGACAGGUUCAACAAGAUCUUGCAGAGGAUGGUCGAAGCCGGUGUUCCAAAGUCCUGGACUGGACCAGGCAAGCGAUUGAUUUUUGAGGAGAUGGAGGACCACAAGGAAGGACUUCUACUGAAGCUGCUGCUCGCGAUUCUUUUCGUGGGUUACUCCGUCGCUGCUUUGGUUUGGCUCGCAGAGAUUCGGUUCACGAAGAGGCAUGACUCGAAACAUAGAUGGAGGUAAUUUAUAUACAGGAGCUAUUUUGUGUACAGACUAUAUGUAAUAAAAACAGUGGUAU